AAUUGAAAAAAAUAUAUCCUUGAAUUGCCAUGGAAGGCACAUCUUUAUUCCCUAUCAAACAGACCUUUUGUUCCUACACCUAUUCUUAUAUUUAAAUGUUUUUUUCAGUUUCAGCUCCAUACUCCAAAUCAUAAUUUGCCUUGCUUUGUUUUUUUUUCUUUGUUUUGCUAAAUAAUGCCUCUGGAAACAUUCAAGCCUGACCAUUCCUCUGGUGAAGGAGAUAAGCAUACUAGAUUACUUGAUAAAGAAGUCAAAGACAUGGUCUCCACCAUUACUCGCCGUGUUGUUGGUAUUCAUAAACCGGGAUCGAGCCACGUCAGAGACGAUGGUGAUGACGAUCUGCAUGGUGUUGGAAUCAUCACGCUUGCAGGAAGCAAUGCCGGGGCGACAAUGCGAAGCGAGGUGGAUGAGAAAUCCAGCAGUCCUCAUGGGAUUUCACUUGGGGGGGAGCCUGAUGAAUGGAGUACCUAUGUUAACAGCAAUUUCCAAGCUGUUAACAAUUCGAUCAUGUUCGAGAGCAGCUAUAACGCCAACGAUCCCGGCGUUCAUUUGGACGUCUCAGAUGUUCCCGAACGUGAAGGCAAGAAGUCAACAGAUAAGCAUAGGAGGGGAAAGAAAAUAGAAAAUGAUUCCGCCAAAGCCAAACUUACCGAUUCCGAUUAACAUGGUCUUGUCCCAAUAUACUUUGCAUACUAUAAAUCUUUGUAUUGUUUUACUAUGCUUCCUCUCGUAUUAUGUCUUUGAUUAUAUACCAUUUUGGCUGUUUUCUGCAUUAUUGUUAGCCAAAUAAUGAUAGUGUGUUUGAACUUUCAAGUUCAUACUUGUCCUCUUGUGUCUUUAAUUGCAAUAAGAAGGCCUAUUGUGAUGAAUAAAA